CAAAUUUUUCAGAAGCGUUUCAAAAUAUUUACUACUAGUAAAAAUUCCAUAACCAAAGUGCCCUAAAAGAUCGAUGGUUUUGCAUUGCAAAUCAUGCUAAGCUCGAUUACAAAAGUCUUCCAAGUUUGACCGCUUUUAACCUCGACAUUAGAUGGUCAUGUUACGCUGGUUACGGGAUCUUGAGACGCCUUGAGGCAGUACAAGCUAUCCAGCAAUAGAAAUGGCUUAUCAUAAGUACGAGAAUUCGAAGAAAGAGGAAGAUCUUGCAGGAUUUGAGGAGCUUUCUUUCCAAACUCAUAGUUAUCGACCAGAAUAUGCGUCUUAUACCGAUGCUAGAAGAACGGAGAGGGCUAGAAAGCCAGCUGAAAGACGAAUUCGGGCGAGGGAAAUCAUUGAAAACCUACGAGGGAAUGCAGCUAGUCUUUGUGGUGGACAUGACCGUCAAGGAAGACCGAUCAUAUCAAUCUUGGCAUCCAGGAACGAUGAGUUGAACUCCGAGAAACUAUCAGAAACCCUACGCUAUUUAACACAAAUACCAAGUAAUGAAGUUCAAGGAAGAGGGUUCACGAUUAUCAUCGAUUUACGUGGAUCAAAAUGGAAGUCAGCUAAGCCAAUGCUCAGGACACUGCAUGUAAGUCAACACUGAGAUCUUUAAUCUAUAAUGACCCUUUUUA